AUGCUUAAAUCUACAAACAAACAAGAUCAUACUUUCAGAGAUGUUGUCUUUGAUGAGAUUGCAUUCCCUUAUGCCAAUCUGUUUCAAUCUCAAGACUCUACAUCUGCAACUUUAUCUAGUAUGUCCAUUGUACCUUCACAAGUUACUACCUCAGCACCAACUAUUUCUAAUGAAGUAACUGUUCCAGUCAGUUCUGAGAAGAAUAUCUUCACAAAGUUACCUCCAUUAACUGCAUCACCUCCUUCAUUUACAGCUAAUGCUCAUCCUAUGCAAAUGAGAGGUUACUCUGACACUGUGUUUCCUCAUCAUGUCUGCAAACUUCAAAAGGCUCUUUAUGUCCUCAAACAAGCACCUAGAGCUUGGUUUGAAAGGCUAAGAAAAUUCUUGCUUCAAAGUGGUUUUCAAUCCUCAAAGAGUGACACUUCAUUAUUUUACAGAGUCACUGCUUCAACCACAAUCUAUAUUCUUAUCUAUGUGGAUGAUAUCUUGAUCACUGUCAAUUGUCCUUUUACUAUUCAUUCUUUGAUUACAUCCAUGAACAAUGAAUUUGCUAUCAAGGAUUUGGGGGAGCUUCAUUUCUUCUUGGGCAUUCAACAUACUCAUACUUCAGAUGGUAUUCAUCUUAGUCAAACUCAGUACAUCUCUAAUUUACUCUCUAAAACUAAGAUGAGUGUUUGCAAGCCUAGUGACACACCUUAUUCAAAACCUCAACCAGCUGAGCACUCUCCUUUAUUUGAAGAUGCCGUUUUGUAUAGAAGCACUGUUGGAGCUCUUCAAUAUGCUAGAAUUACAAGACCUGACAUAGCCUUUGCUGUUAAAAAAUCUUGUCAGUAUAUGCAUGCUCCUACAGAAGCUCAUUGGUGUGCUGUGAAGAGAAUUCUCAGAUAUCUCCAAGGUACCUUGUCUUUUGGUCUGCAGUUUAGAAAGUCUUCUUCUCUACAACUCCAAGCAUACUCUGAUGCUGAUUGGGAUGGAGAUACAUAUGACGGAAGAUCUACCAGUGGAAUGGCCAUAUUUUUGGGACCUAACUUAAUAUCCCGGUAUUCUAGAAAGCAGAAAACAGUGUGA